AUGACUCGAAAUAACCUCGCCGGCCACCUCUCCUGGUUGUUGAAGAACGUUGCGUUAUCAAAACCCACCGCCCGCGAAUUUCCCACAACAAGCGAUACCUCGUCGUUCCGUUUUUCGCAGUCGCAAUCUGCCGAUACGCCUGCGGCAAAUUUCAGUCAAGCAACCACUGCAUCAACCAGCGCAGACAAACGAGUAUCCCAGGUACAGGCGUCUGGGAGCUCAAAUGGCCUGCCGAAGAGAGAAGAAGCUUUACAGGAUAAAGAAGUGGUGGUGUUAGAGGACGACAGUAUGGGCCGCUUGAGCUUGUCUACGAAAUCGAACAAAAGACCGCUUCUGUCCCAAAAUGGCCAGCUCGCAACACCGUCAACCACUGAUUCUGAGACCAAACCCCGCUUGAACGAGCCUCUGAAGUCUAGUGUUCUAAAACAAGAUGGCAUAUCAAAAACGAAAUCAGGUUCACUUCGCCGCAUCUCGUCGCCGGAAUUUAGUACCGAUUUCGCCGACUUCGAUGACGAUGACUUGGAGUACAUGGAUCUAACAAGAACAACCGGUGCAUCUGACGAGGAAUCGCUACAGUUCGGCGAUGAUGUGAAGGUCUGGACGGAAAAAGAUGCAUCUUGGGAAGCGCCGCUGCCUCAAGCUAAAAAGAGGAAGAGUGCUGAUACCGGCGACGCUUCUGCUGAAAGCCAAUUUCCAGAUGUAUAUCAGAUCCUGGGAGCUGACCCUCCAGUCCUGACUCCUGGUCGUCGAUCCGCGAAAAAAAUGUCUUUGGAUGGGCCCUCCUCCCCUUUAGGUAGAGCCACUACCCAAACGGCGCCAUCUCCUAUCAGGCGGACUCCAGAAAGAGACUAUGCUAUCAGCAGUUCCGAACGACGAAAGAAGUUAAAGGUUACGAAUGAGCGGCCUUCGUCUCUAGACUCUCCAAGCCUCGACGAUGCUGCUCAGCCUGAGCCACGACAAGCUAAUGAAUACUUCAUCCCUGAUUCCGAUGAGGAAUUCGUUACGCCGCCGCCGUAUAAUACUUCCAAGAAAAAGUCAGCGAAGCCUUUUGCAGAUGUACAAGAGGAGGACGCUUUCCUCAUGGACGUUGAAGAUUUAGCUGUAUCUCCCAGGCCAAAACAACCACGCUCAUCUCUACCUCCUCGGCCAGUGCAGACUGAAAAUCCACAUGUUUUACCCCACCAAAGCAUAUCUGAAAGCCAGAGCACUGGUACCAUCAAUAAUUCUGACGAAACACACCCACCACAGCAUAAAUUUCCGUCGUCUAGCCAAACACAGAAAAUCUUAUCUCGCAUUUUAGCAAAUCCACAGCUUCUAGUCCAACAAAGUGAAUUCCUAGACGACCAAGUUCAGCAAAAUGAUCGAGACUUUUUACAAGCUAUAAACGACCGGCUGCCGAAAGACAAGAGAAAUGAAAUCAAAGCAGAAAAAGAACGACUCAUCCAACAGCAAAAAGCGAUGCAAGGCCUCAAUAAAGCGGUGAAUAGCUAUAGAGCCUUGAACGAACAGCGAGAAGCAGUUGCUCUGCAGGUAGCCCAGUCUUAUUCAAAGGGCGUAGAUACAGAUGAAGACGAAGCCCGACUUGAUGAACUUACUGAGCGUGUCGAGUCAACAGAACGAGAGCUUUCCCAAAUGCUGGCCGAGGCAGGCCUUGACGAGUCCAGGUUCAUGGAAAAACAAAAAGACUCUAUUCGGAAUGAGAGAGACGAGCAUAUCGUUGUACUUGGUACGCAAGCUGGGCAUAGGGGCAUGGUCAAUAUGUCGCGGAGCUCAAAAGAUGUUCCACUAUCCAUGGGUGGGACUCAAGUUAUUCACCAAACGCAGCUACCCGAGCCGAUUCGAUCACAACUAGGGAAUCACCUCAUGGAUGUAGAAGACGAUUUCUUCUCUGAUUUCGACGAGAUCGAGAUGCAGCUGCCUCCGAAAUCUACCAAGAAGACCGCUCAGCUCGACAAGGGCAAAACUCCUAUGAGAAAUCGCACUCAGCGCUCAGGAAAUGAAUUUAGCGAUUUCAGCGACGAUGCUGAUAUGCUUGCAUUUGCUCAAGAUUACGAGAUACGUCAGUCUGCCGACGGGCCGCCUCAGGAUUUUCGAGUCUUUUCAGAAACCUCGGGAAAUGCCUUGCCUGUGUCAAAACAGAGGCAGCUGACCUCAAAAAGGCAAUCUCCUCCAGAGCCGUCUCAAACAAGGAUACCACCAGAACUUAUGAGGCAUUCUUGGUCCGCAGACGUCCAAAAGAUUUUGAAAGAUCGAUUUAGGAUGAAAGGAUUCCGACAUAAUCAGUUAGAAGCCAUCAAUGCUACGCUCGCUGGCGAAGAUGCCUUCGUUCUGAUGCCAACAGGCGGUGGAAAAUCUCUCUGUUACCAGCUUCCAGCCGUUGUCAAGUCAGGGAGAACAAGAGGAGUGACCAUUGUCAUAUCCCCUUUACUGAGUUUGAUGCAAGAUCAGGUUGAUCAUAUGAAAGCCUUGGGGAUACAGGCCGUUGCUUUCAACAGCGAAUGCUCUGCCGAAUACAAACGACAGGUCAUGUCUGCCUUCAAUGAGCGGAAUCCGGAGCAUUUCAUUGAGCUCCUCUACAUCACACCAGAAAUGGCCAGCAACAGCGUCCAGUUUCUCAACGCCAUGGUGAAUUUAUAUCAAAAGCAAAAAUUCGCCCGUUUCGUCAUUGACGAAGCUCACUGUGUCAGCCAGUGGGGGCAUGACUUCAGACCUGAUUACAAGAAUUUAGGCCAACUUCGGUCCAAGUUUCCCAACGUUCCCGUCAUGGCCUUGACAGCUACAGCAACCCAAAAUGUUAUUGUUGACAUUAAGUAUAAUCUUGGCAUGAUCAACUGCCAAGUGUUUUCGCAAAGCUUCAACCGUCCAAAUUUGUAUUAUGAAGUCAGGCCGAAAGGUUCAAAUCCAGUGGUGACCCAGCAAAUUGCCUCUCUUAUCAAUUCCAAAUACCGGAAUGUCACUGGAAUUGUGUACACAAUCUCACGAAAACAAGCUGAGGACGUCGCCGAGAAGCUUUCAAACAAUGGUAUUGCAGCCCGUCAUUACCAUGCUCAAAUAACGCCUGCGGAAAAGGUUGAAGUGCAACAAGCAUGGCAGAAGGGCCAAAUUAAAGUUGUAGUAGCAACCAUUGCAUUCGGUAUGGGAAUCGAUAAACCAGACGUCAGAUUUGUUAUGCACCAUGGCAUUCCGAAGAGCUUAGAAGGCUAUUAUCAAGAAACUGGCCGUGCGGGCCGAGAUGGGAAACCCUCCGACUGUAUCUUGUUCUAUGGAAAAGCGGACAUAAGAGUCCUCAAAAGACUGAUCAUAGAUGGAGAGGGCAGCAAGGACCAGAAGGAAAGACAGAUGGUGAUGCUGAACCGCGUAACGGCAUUUUGUGACAACAAGGCCGACUGCCGACGAACUGAGGUCCUCCGCUAUUUUGGGGAAGAUUUCCACCCGUCACAAUGCCACAAGACUUGCGACAAUUGCCAGGCUGGACUGGUUUUCGAGCAGCAGGACUUUUCAGAAUACGCCAUUGCCGCUAUUCGAGUCGUCCAGCAACAGUCAAGGCUCACGGCGAACCAGUGCGCGGAUAUUCUGAUUGGUAGGAAAUAUCCAGAAUACCAAGAACAGAAUUCGGACGAGUAUCACGGCAUAGCUAAGGGGAUGAAGAAACAUGAGAUAGUGCGCGUCAUUGACCGCCUCUCAGCUGAAAAGGGCUUUCAUGAAGACAAUAUCGUUGGGAAUCAUGGUGUCGCUAUUCAGUAUCUUCGAAUCGGACCUACCGCCAAUCAAUUCUUAAUGGGAAGACGGAAGUUGAUGCUAACAGUCCAAGUUUCGGAUGAAGGCGGCUCAAAUCAGACGAAGACAAAGAAAACCAAGGCAAGCAAAAAGCAAAAAGAGCCAGCAGCCAAUGUGCAGUCAACAUACGUCUCGUCCCCAAUCAAUAGACGUAAAAAAAGAGCGGCAGUCGUCGAUAGCGAUGACGAGUCGAACUUGCCUAUGACAUCACGUGGCUAUGUGAACGAUGGAUUCGUUGUCUCAGAUGAGGAGGCCGAAGAGGAUGAAGAGGAUGAAGAAGCCUUCGAACCGCUCCCACAGCAUCGGCCUGCAAAACCGACUUCAAAACCUACCUCCAAAAAGACAUCGCGACCGGAGCCUAUCCUGAGCAAACAUAGACUGCAAGAUCUGCCAGAGAUCCACCAAGACGUGGUGGACUCUUUUGUUCAUGAGGCACGUCAGUUGGAAGAGCGUAUCCGGAAUAAACUGGGCCUCAGACGGCCAAUGUUUACAGACACUCAUCUGCAAGAAAUGGCUAUCAACUGGACCACUUCGAUCGACAGCAUGAGUCGCAUUCCCGGGAUUGAUGUCGACAGAGUCAAGGAGGUUGGACCAAAGCUAAUCCCGUUGCUGAACAUGCAUCAUGCAUCGUAUAGAGAGAUUGCUGCGGCAGACGCUGGCACUGGCGCCUCAACCUCCAACUUGGAUCAAGAAAUAGUAGACUUGAUCAGUUCUGAUAUCGACCUCGACGAAGAUGAGGAGGAGGAGGAGGGGGAAGCCUCCCAUUACUUUUCUUCAAAACCGGCAGCAGAUGUCCAAGCCUUCCAUGAUAGGCUACAAACUUUGAAUAGCCAGCCAACUCAAUCCAGAGGCAAAUCCUCCUAUAGCCGGGGAGGAGGCAGGAAAUUCUCUGGCAAAAAGUGGCCCAAGAGAGGCGGUGCUGCUGGAGGCUCCCAACGUCGGGGUAGUGGUUCCAGCAGGCGAGGCGGUGGCUCCGCAGGUGGUAGCGGCGCGUCGUCUUCGCGGCCUGCUUCUGGAGGCGGCGGAUUCAAGCGAGACGGCAAGAUAGUCAAGAAAAGCGGAGGUGGCAUCGGCCUCAUGCCGUUAUGA